GCCUUAGCUACACCUGUGAAGGGAGUUGUUCCAUCGCCCAAGGUUUAUGUCAGAAUGUCUUCACUUCCUUUCCUCACGGAGCUCCAUGCCUCCACCUUUACCCAAGCACAACAAUAUGUCGUUUUCUUCAUUGCGCUCAUUGGAGCAGCGAUAGUAUACUCAAGCUUAAAUAAACGAAAGCAUCCCCCAGUUAUCAACCCACCAAAGCUAUUCGACUUCACAGGCGGGUCAAAUAAAGUCGACUUUCUCCAACGAAGCUAUGAGAUAAUAAACGACACUUCGAGGACAAACAAUGACAGGCCUUAUACCGUCAUCGCUGAUGUGGGAACUGUGAUUGUACUACCUCCGAAAUUUGCAGAGGAGAUAAAGAACCAUCCCCAGCUAGACUUUAUGAAGAACGUAGAACAGGAAUUUCACGGUUCCCUUCCUGGCUUCGAAGUUUUCAAUAAGGGCCUAGUGAGCGAUGUUCUCAUUCAAGUAGCGAAGAAGCAACUCACCAAGAGUUUGAAUAAAAUCACCGCUCCUCUCAGCAAGGAGGCAGCCUAUGCUUUAUAUAGAGUCUUGGGAGACCCCUCCGAAUGGAAAGAAGUUGGCCUUCAGGGUAUGACUCUUUCUCUUGUUGCCCAACUAUCCUCGCGCGUGUUCCUAGGGGAAAAGCUUUGCCGUAAUCCCGAGUGGCUAGACGUUACCUCACAAUACCCGCCGACCGCCUUUAACGCUGCCCAACAGUUGCGCUUAUAUCCUAAGCCACUGCAGCCUCUUGUGAACUGGUUUUUACCAGAAUGUCGGCUUCUGCGUCGUCAACAGGCUCGGGCACGCUCUAUGAUCGUACCCGUCAUUGAAGAACGCAAGGCGGAGAAGCGCAGAGCCAUAGAAGCUGGACAGCCGGUUCCAGUUUAUGACGAUGCGAUUGACUGGGCCGAAGAGGAGGCGAAACGUUUCACAUACGAGCCAGCCCACUUUCAAUUAGCUAUGUCGAACGCUGCUAUUCAUACCACAAGUGAUCUGCUCUCGCAAACACUCCUAGAGAUCCUAGCUCACCCGGAGCUUAUUCAGCCCUUGAGAAAUGAGAUCACAGAGGUUCUUCGCAUACACGGAUGGACUAAAGUAGGGCUAUACAACCUGAAGCUCAUGGAUAGUAUCAUGAAAGAGACACAGCGCAUGAAGCCAAUCCAAAUGGUCACAAUGCAGCGCGUCGCAGUAGCUGAUGUUCAUCUAUCUGACGGGUCCAUCAUACCAAAAGGUGCGAAAUGCGCUGUUGCUAACACUUCACGGCUUGAUGAUGGUAUAUACAAGGAGCCUAAGGAGUUCGACGGCUACCGUUUUCUCAACAUGCGCAACGAUGCUGGAAACGAACACUCUGCGCAGUUGGUAACCACAAGUCCCGACUCUCUUGGCUUUGGACAUGGUACUCAUUCCUGUCCUGGGCGCUUUUUUGCUGCAAAUGAGCUUAAAGUUGCGAUAUGCCAUCUGAUCUUGAAGUAUGACUUGGAAUUGAGUGCUGGUACCUCGCCUGAGCCAUUCUGGUACGGCUGGAAUCUAAAUGCCAACCUGGGCGCAAAGAUUCGAGUGCGCAGACGAAAAGAAGAAAUCGAUAUCGAUGGCCUAUGAGACUUGUCAUAGUGCUGUGCUUAUUGCGUUGACCAGGUCGCUGCCAGCGUUGGACGAGCAUACUUUGUAGGUUAGGGACAUAUGGUUUCAGUGGAUUAAAUGGCAAGCCAAUGUAGGUUAAAUUAUAAUAUUUGGUUAGUCAUCUAGGCUUUACUCUUAUUUUGCC